CGCUAAUGUGCCAGUGCCCGCGACCACCACCUAUCGCCUUGUGACACGGCCGAUUGUCUCUCCAAGGAAGCGAGAUCGCCGCGCUCUGGCAGGUCAUUCAUCCCUUGAGUUAAAUCCGUUGUAUUGUGGAGUCGACGACGACGAGCUCUGUUCAUUGCGCGUUGCGUAACCUCACGCUGAUUCGCGCUGGUCAUCUGCUGUUGCUGUUGUUGUAGUCGUUGUUAGUUGGAGUAGGCAGACGUCACGAGAGAGGGGGUUGGGCUUGGCGCAGAUCUAGACUGGAAUGCCGAUCCCACCCAGCCUCGCACUUGGAUUGUGGUGGUGUAUGGGAUUCUGAGGUGGGGGUGGUGAGGUGAGGUGCUUCGUUUGUGGGCUGAGGGAAUUGCCGAGACUGAGUUCAUGGAAGGCAAAAUGUGGAAUUUGUUGUGGACUCUGGCGGUGGUGGUGGUGUCGGUCAGUGGAGCUGUGGAGGGGAAGCAAGUAAGCGAGAAGGAGAAUUGGAUACAGAGGGCGGCGGAUCAGGUGAAGUGGCUCCCCGGGCAGCCGCCCGUAGUGUUGAACCAGUGGGCGGGGUAUGUGAAUGUUGGGGAAGAUGUUGGCCGGUACUUGUUUUACUUCUUGAGCGAGUCGCCGAAGAACGCGAGUGGCAAGCCGCUGGUGCUGUGGUUGAAUGGAGGUCCCGGAUGUUCGUCAUUGGGCGUAGGAUGGGCGCUAGAGAUGGGUCCCUUUCGCGUGCGAGAGAAUGGCACCGGCCUCGAAACCAACACACAUUCCUGGGUUCGAUAUGCUAAUGUCUUGUUUUUGGAAACCCCUGUUGGUGUUGGCUUUUCUUACUCUGACGACCCAAAGGAGAAUCAUUCUAGCGGUGAUUCGAUUACUGCUGAAGACAAUUAUAUGUUUUUGUUGAGGUGGUUGGAUCGGUUUCCUGAAUACAAGGACAGAGAUCUCUAUAUCACGGGAGAAAGCUAUGCCGGUCACUAUAUCCCUCAAUUGGCUUCACUGAUUCACCAACGUAAUAGAGACUCUGAACAGAAAAUCAAUCUAAAGGGCAUGAUGGUGGGAAACCCAUCGACUGACCAGUACUACGACAGUAUAGGCACCAUUGAUUUCUGGCUAGCUCAUUCUAUGAUUUCUCCUCAGACUCACGACCAGUUCAUGAAGGUUUGUAACUUCACCAAUUGCUGUUCGCCCCAAUGCAACGAGGUGUAUAACUAUGCUCAGCAAGUGGAGAUUGGUGGCAUUGAUUAUUACGCCAUCAAUGCGCUUGCAUGUAAUACCGACCAAAAUGGCAAUCCACUGCGAAGAAGACUUUCCCAGGCCUUUAAAGCCACGACAAAGAACAAUCCAUUUCUUGGGUUUAGAGCUGGAUAUGAUCCUUGUGUGUCAAACAGUCCUGAGAUAUAUUUCAACAGGAAAGAUGUACAGGAGGCACUUCAUGCAAAUGUGUCCGGUGAAAUACCAUACAACUGGACAUCAUGCAGCAUGGACUUGAGCUGGACGGAUUCAGCCACCACAGUUCUUCCUUUGUGGGAGGAACUUAUUGCAGCGGGCUACAAGAUCUGGAUUUACAGUGGAGAUAACGACGCUGUUGUGCCGGUGACUGGGACUAUAUAUGCCAUUGAAUCCUUGAACUUGCCAAUCACCAACCGUUGGUAUGCUUGGUAUCAUAAAACACAGGUAGCAGGCCGCACCCAGUGGUACAAAGGAGUGACGUUUGCGACAGUUCGCGGUGCGGGGCACGAGGUUGCUGUCACGCAGCCAGGGAGGUUUUUAGCCCUCUUCAAGUAUUUUUUGGCAGGAACAGAGCUACCUCCUGACCCAUAAACUCAAUUCAUUCGAUUGCUCCCGUGUUUUUAAACCCGCGUGAAGACCUGAGAUUAUGUUUUGGAAAGCGGUGAGAGCACUUAUGAAAUGAGUGCUGCACCAUGCAGUUGUGAUUUGUUACUGAACUCCCUUGUUAACCGAGGUUGCUGCUGAAGCUUCGUAGAUGCUGAUGAGCACUGGAAGUUUUAUUCCGAGUUCAUUUCAUGCACUGGCUUCAUCAUUAACCUAUGGUUCAGUUUGUGAGAAAAAUAGAAUCCGCUCUAUCCAAAGGGGAUAGCCAUUGUUAGAUGGGACAUUGCCAUGCUUGAAUAGGCAUUAGCUAGGCUUUUCACAAAUUCUUGUACUCUGGAAUUCUUCUUUUAUGCUGAAACAAUUGAGCCUUGUAGGUGGUUUUUGCCACCACUGUUUUGUUUUGUUGUGGUGAGGCAAGGCGUGCAAGUUCUCAUGCAGUAAAGUGUUGAGCUGAACUUUUGUUUGAAAAAUG